AUGACUGAAUCCACUUCCCAGCCUACGCCUUCGCGCGAUGCCCGGCUGGACUCCCCGCUGACGGACGGAGAGGGGUCAGAGUCGGAGAAAGCAGCACCACCCAAGACAGGCAAAAAGCUGCCAGGAUGGCUGGAUCAUUUCAAUGCACGCGAUCUCAAAGUACUGCUUCGGUGCUCGAUUGCAGCAUGGGUCGCGUCGCUAUUGAUCUUCAUCACGCCGUCGCUAAGCAGCAUUGGAACCGCGACCUUUUUCGCAACUUUGGUGCUGUUCAUGGUACCUCCGACUGGCAUUGUCUUUAUCUUCCUCUUGGGAGCUCUCACUCUCAUUCUGGGUAUGGCUAUGGGCUGGGCCUGGGGUGUGAUCGCCAUGAAGGCUGCCAUUGCCGCAAGGCCAGCCGCUGAGACUCAAGCCCGGCUCCAGGCCCUUGGUCAAUUGGCGUAUAGCCAAGCCAAUGCCACUGGACAAAGUCUCGCUGCUGUUGAGCAGGUGCUUGUCUAUUCUGGAUUCAUGCUUGAUGCUCGUGUUACCGCCGUUUACUAUUGUUUGAUCUGUCUGUUUAUCUAUUUAUUGGCCCGUCUUCGGGCAAAGAACCCUAAAUUCAUCCUGUUGCAGAUUUUUGGAACCAUCAUUGUUGAUGUUACUUUGACUAUUGGUCCAUUGCUUCCAUCUUUCCAAGGCACAAUCCCCAAGGUCUUGGUUGAACCAGCUGCUAUCGGAAUUGGUCUGGGACUCGUCUCUCAUUUCAUCUUCUUCCCUCAAUCAACCUCUCACACUGUGCUAUACGGGAUGGAAGGCUUGGUGCGACUGCUCAAAGGCCCACUGAAUGCCACAGAAACCAGCCUGCUGAAGGGAGAAGAUUUGAUACCGAAAGAUUUGCAUAAAAUCAAAACGAAAUCAAUUGCAGCUUACAAAGCUAUUGAGCCGGCAAUCGCCUUCUUGCCUUUGGAUUUCUCUGUUGGCUGGUGGGGUGCUGACGAUGUCAAAAGCUUGAAGCAACCGCUGCGCCAAGCGCUGAUAGCUAAUCUCUCUUUGCUAGAAGUCCAUAUUGCACGCCUUGGGGGAGAAGCGAAGCUGGAGAAAUUGCGCCAAUUGACUGUGAGCCAGGGAUCGGACACCGAAUCGGAAGCCAAUGGCGACGAAAAGAAACGCCCACGCGAAAUCGGGUUGCGCCAGCUGAUGCAGAGUGUCAACUUGGUACAAGCACUGCGAAGUCCAGAACAUGAAUCCCUUCGGUCAGAAACCAUCGAAGCAUUGAAGGAGUCCAGUAAAGAGAUAUUGCCAGCUUGCCAGGAGGCCGCCGAGGUCAUUGCCGAAUGUAUCCACAAAGUCAACACAACUCGUUGGUUUGGCCGAGCAUCUAAGGAACACCUCGCCGAGUUGCACGAUCGCAGUCAGGCAGCGCUGACGAACAUUCAAGCUCUCCGCGCAUCAUUCGCAGAUGAAACCACUGAGCGGCUGAUUGAAACGCAUUCCUCGAUCUUCAACGAGAAAGGCGAGCUCACAGCCCUCGAUGAGUCUUCAGUGAAUAGAGUCAGAGGCAUCGUCAUUGGAAUGAUUUUCGAGGAACAGCUCCUUGGAGUCGCCGACAGCUGGGAGCAAGUCCUAGGGCAAUUGACCGCUCUCCUAAGAGAACGCCAAAAGGUUCGCCUGUGGCUUCCCAGGGGUUUGCGGUACGCGGUCAACUGGGUUCUUCGAAAGGAUGCCGUGGCGCCUGUCAUUGUGGCUCAAAACCCGACUACCGACCCCGAUGUUGCAGAGACACAAUCCAAAGCAGCACAACAGCAUCUUCGCAUCAGUAGAGGCUACCGUGUGAACCGACCCAGUGGCCUUGGACGUGUCAUUAUUGGUACAUACCACUGGUUCAUCAGCACAGAAGGCAUGUAUGCUUUGCGUAUGGUGGCCGUCACUAUCGCACUCGCCAUUCCUGCAGCACUACCUAGUUCCGCCGGCUUCUAUUACCGCGAAAAGGGUCUCUGGGCUCUUAUCAUGGGCCAAACUACGUUAGUCAUUUACAUGGCCGACUUCACAUUCUCCCUCAUUUGUCGAGCUAUUGGUACUAUCAUUGGAGGUGCCUUGGGCUUGGUUGCGUGGUAUAUUGGCUCGGGCCAUGGUGAAGGAAACCCAUACGGUCUUGCUGCCAUCAUGGCAGCCGUGAUCAUCCUUCUCAUGUGGGGACGUAUCUUCGCUCCCCCAGCCAUGCUGCAGGCAAUGAUGAUGGCUGGCGCAACUUGUAUACUGGUCAUCGGGUACAGCUACGACGACACACACAUCCCCUCUUACGGCAAUCCCGGAUUCGGAUAUAACGUCUUCUGGCGCCGACUGACUCUCGUCCUGAUUGGAUCCGCAGGCGCCUUGAUCGUCCAACUAUUCCCUCGUCCCCCGUCAGCCUCCCGCCACAUCUGCAAAUCCCUCUCAAACGUCAUCCGUGAAUUGUCGGACCACUACGCCCUCCUCUUGACCUGCUGGGGGCAGGGCCGAGACGAAGGCCUGGCAGCAGAGCAACUAGCCCUCGACCUCGCCAACAGCCUAACCUCACUGGAAGGACCAAUCGCCCUCCUCCGAUUCGAAUUCUCCAGCUCCCCCUUCGACAGUGACCGUCUAGGCCAAGUAAAAUCCCUCUGUCAGGACCUAAAUCAAAACCUCGGCCGUCUCCUCUACCUUUCUGCUUCACUGCCGGAACACCUCCAGACCCGUCUAGCCCGCCAAGCGGGUCUCCUCGACCACCGCAAUAUCGGUGAUGUCAUGGCCGUCCUGGCUGUCAUUGAGCAAUCGCUUAAGACCGGUGAUCCGUUGCCUGAAGUCUUGCCUACGCCACUGCUCAAGCGUUGCCAUGAUUUCUGGAAUACGCGACAUGUCGAGAUCACGUUGAGUAAGGAGCUUAUCCGGGAUCAGAACUAUCGCCGCUUCUGCGUGGCUGUCAGUGCUUAUCUCAAGUUCCUUGCUGCUGUUGAUGAUCUUGUGCUUGUUAUGAAGGGUACGCUUGGUGAGUCUCAUAUUGUCGAUCGAGAACUUGUCCACAACUGGGAGGGAAAUGUAUAG